GUAAGUGUGCUCCGUUCGUUCCGGGUCAAAGGUUGUGGCGCUAACUCGUAGUUGUAUCGAUGAGCUGUUGUUGUGGAGAGCAGGUUGAUGUUUACUUCAGAUGAACGUGUGUUCGUGGAGCUCAGUGUGAGUCAGCCUCGUCUCGUCUCAUCUCCACGCGGAGGUUUCCCUUUCCUCCUGCUGCACGUCCAUGUUAGCGAGCUAACUACAAACACUGGUGUAGUUAGAGGAGGGGUUAGUUAUAGAGGUGGUGGGUUAGAUCAGUAGUUGAUUAAAGCAGCGGUGAGUUAGAGGUGUGGUUGGUUAAAGGAGUGGUUGGAGUCCUCUUCUCUCUGUCAGGAUGGUGCUCACUGUGCUGGUGUGUAGCCUGGUUCUGGUCUCUGCUGUGGGGCAGCAGGCGGACGAUGACUGGGUCGACCCGUAUGAUAUGCUCCACUAUGACUCGACCUCCARGACCAUGAGGAAGCCCACUGAGCCGGCUCACUAUGAUAAUGUGGCAACCAAGAGAAGAGAGUACACCGAGGACACCAGCCAGGCCGAGCUGGGGAAGUGCAGCAGUCAAGUAGCAGAUCUGCAGAAGAAGAUCGGGCUGUGUGUUCUGGUCAUGAUGGCCAUCAUCUGCACUCAGCUGUGGUCGACCGUGUCCUGGUUCGUGCAGUUCAAUCGACUCUUUGCUGUCUGCUUCGCUGUCAGUCUUGUCUGGAACUGGUUUUAUCUGUAUAAGAUCGCCUUUGCUGAGCACCAAAACAACAUGGCGAAGAUGGACAGUGUAUAUCAAAAAUGCACCGGCGUGAAGAAAAUUGACUGGAGCGACAGUUUAAAAGAGUGGUUCAGAAGCACCUGGACUCUUCAGGACGACCCCUGUAAGAGAUACUAUGAACUCAUCAUUGUCAACCCCAUUCUGCUGGUACCCCCAACCAAGGCGAUCUCCGUCACCAUCACAACUUUCAUCACAGAGCCACUGAAGCACAUUGGCCAGGGGAUCAGUGAGUUUCUUCGAGCCCUCCUCAAAGAUCUACCAGUUACCCUGCAGAUCCCUGUUCUCCUCACAAUCGUCAUCGUCAUUGUGGUAUUUGUGUAUGUCAGUGUGAAUGCAGCCUUCCUGCAUGGCAUCACUGCACCUCUACGUCGACAGGGUCCACCUCCUCCUGGGCUCCAACAACCGCAACAGCAGCCUCAGGCUCAAAUCCAGGGGAUCGCGGACCUUGGCCACUUAACAGGCAAUGAUGCAGAACAGCAAGGUCCAAGGCAGCAACGUCCAAGGCAGCAAGCCGACGAUGGCAGGGCACACAGGAAUCCGGUUCGUCAGCGGCAUCCAAACAGACCCAGGGAGGAGAAGGCCCGGGUGGUUGUGGAGACACUGCAAGCAGCUGCCCGCAGUGAGGAUGAGACGGACACUGAGCAACAGGAGGGAAGACCUGAGGCAGAGCAGAAUGUGACUGAGGAGUCAGAUGCAGAAAUCCAAGUGGAGAAAAUAGAGGAGCCAGAAGAAGUGGAUGCCAAAAGUGUUGCUGCUCACACAGCCCAAGCAAAAACUAAAACCACGCCCAAGGCCAAACCUAUGAGAGUGAGAGAGAAUCAGGAGAAACCCAGCAGAGACGACGCAGCACCCAGAUCUCAGCCGGCCAAACAGAAACCGUUCCAAACUGAUGUCAAGGACCUGAAGGCCUCAGCGGGAUACAGGACCCCCUCUGUCUCUGUGACACACGUUGAAACUCUCGGACUUCCAGUUCAGGAGACGAGCACAGCGCCUGGGGAGUAGACGUACACAUUAGCGGAUGCAGCAAGAUUUCAUAUCAUCUGUGACAGACAGUGUUGAAAUGUGCAGCAGCAACAUUUUUAAGACCGACCAAUGUGGAACCACACCGAUAAUUACCAACUAACUUUGUCUUGCUGAUGCACAGUCAACCAAAUGUGCCUUUCCUUGAGAUGGGGCACCAACACUGCUUUGGUGAAUCUUCUCAUUAUUUCAUGAUGAUUUUGACAAAGUGUUCCUCAGUCAGAGAGAGGAGUCAUAUUGGUUUGUGUCUCAUCUGUCACACAGUAAGAUUUUUCUCGAUUUAAUUUAAGAUAACAAAAGGUCUCAUAAAACCUGGCAGUACAAUCAACGAAUAAUGAGUUUAUUUUGAGCUAUUUUUGUUGUAAUUCAUUGUCUUAAUGAAUUAAGUUUUGCUGAGCAGCAGUGAUACCUCUUCUGUGAGAAACUGCCUGUGCAAAGCUUAGACUGUAUAUACAGAUGAAUGACAUGACACAUCCACACCCUGUACAAAAAUGGAGCUGAAGUAUCGUGGAUACAGCCGCGGACACCUUACGCUUUUGGUGUGAUUUGGAGUGAGAGUCCCAGUGAUAAACACUCAGCCAAACCCUGAGUCAGUCUCAGCUGUCAAUCAUGGUUUUUCAUCCUCUUUGUAUAAAUAACUAAUUACAACGAAAAAGAACAUUUAACACAUCAGUCUGAUAAGAACUACCUAAAAUAACAGAGAUCAUCUGACUCAUCAUUUGACUUGUAGUUUUAGUGUGUUCCAUGUCUCAUCCAUUAACAUGGACGAGGCAGGGUGUAUGAACUAUUCUGCAGCCAGACACUAGGGCGCGAUCUGGAUGAUUUGGCUUUACUUUUGCCGAGCUGUCAUGUCGUCCAUCUUUAUACACAGUCAAAGUGGGAGAGGAUGAUAAUGCCAUUGGGUGCAAUGGAAACAAUUGUAAUUAUUGAAAUCACUGACUUCAACAUGACACAUAUUAAUAUAAAAGAAUCAUCCUUCUCAGAAAUGGAAAAAAUAAAUAAGCUGCCAUGUUUAAAGCUGUAAUAAUCAGGUGCUGCAGGUUUACACUUACAGGUUUACUCUCAUGACUCAUCAUCUCUUCAACUUUUCCUCCCUGCCCAGCCUCAAACUGUAGUUUCAUUAGUGACCAGCAGGUGAACAUAAUGGAGCAUCAUUUGUGCAGGUUAUAUGUAAAUGAUCACGUCCACUUUAUAUGUAUACCUGGCAAAAUGUGUUUGUCUGUAUCUAACUAUAAAUGGAUGAAUCUCCUCGACGGCCACUCAUCAGUUGACUUAAGUCUCAGCGGAUGUGUUGCUGAGGACGAGAGUUUUCCAGGGUUGUGUUACGCUCAGUGUCACUGCUAAUCUCUUUUUAAUUUUCCAAUUUGCUUUCCACCCUUUAUUCAAGUUAUUAAAAGUGUAUUAGUUACAAAACACAACAUGUUUGAUAUCAAGAAUUUUAUGAUCACAUCCAUUAGAAAUAUGUUUUAGUACGGACACUGUUUAAAACGUCCUCGGACCGCACAUCUUUAACUUCAUGUGUCUGUGUGUUAUUAUAGGGGGCUCAGUGAGGCAGUGGA